AGUGUAGAGAGGCUAGCACUCUGAACAAUCUGGGGACCACCUCUUAGUCUAGCUGCUGUAAUUUUCAAUGUGUUCGUUUUAUGCUUUUUCAGACACCCUGAAAGCUCAUAGUCCUCUUAUGCCCCGUGGUUGAGAAUCACUGUAAUCAAUUACUGAUAGAUUUAGACUUCAUUUCCCAUAAGACCCAGCAAUUAUUUUGCUUGCGUCACAUGACGAUGAGAGUCAACAUUUGUUUGCUCAUCUCAUCUGCAAGCUUGCAUAAUUGUAGGGCCAGACAAUUUCAAUUGUUAACAAAAGAGCAGUCAACAGCCAGUAGUAUUUAGACGUGUGUGAGUAUUUUGAAUCAGUUUAGGGUGUUGAGAUUUUUUUUCGUGUGUAAACUUUUAACUCACGAUAUUCAGCAAAAAAAAAAAAAAAAACUUUUCAAGCCAACCCGGAAAGAACUUAAAGCUACAGUUAGCUACUAACUUUGUUUAGCCAAACGGACAAUUUCUAGCUACCUAACAUUAAGUUAAUUUGGUAACUAGCUACUUCAUUUGUUUCUUCGAAUGAAUGUUGAAUUUUCAUGCUCUUCUAUUAAAACGUUAAGUAUUCGGCUUCCUAGCAAGUUACAUGACAUAUGAAUAGUAAAAGCUAACAUGUACUAGCUAGCUUGCUGGCCAACGCCUUUUUUUCCUUUUUUGCCCCCAUUAUGCUCGUCGUCGCACUAAUGUAGUUUGGAAACGUGUCGUAGUUAACAUGGACCAGAAUUCUGCGGCAAGCGUUUGACAGACACAACAGUACAACUUUGUGGUUAGAAUUAGAAUGUCAUUCCGUCUUUUUUACUGAACGUUUUUUCCAUUUGGAUAACUUGUCAAACGCCAGGUAGCUUUCCAGUUUAACAUUAUCAUAGUAUUUAGGAUUUACCUGCUGGGAUCAAAAUGGGUUGCACACUAAGUGCCGAAGAUAAAGCUGCCAUGGAGAGGAGUAAAAUCAUUGAUCGGAAUCUGAGAGAAUCUGGCGAAAAGGCUUCAAGUGAAGUCAAAUUGUUGCUUCUAGGUGCUGGGGAGUCUGGGAAGAGCACCGUUGUAAAGCAGAUGAAAAUCAUCCAUGAGGAUGGCUACACACAGGAGGAGUGUAGCCAGUACAGGGUUGUGGUUUACAGCAACACCAUCCAGUCCAUCAUCGCCAUCAUCAGAGCCAUGGGCAGGCUUGCCAUUGACUUUGGGGACACAGCAAGAUCAGAUGAUGCCCGCCAGCUCUUUACCUUGGCCAGCUCAGCAGAGGAAGGGGUCAUGACCCCUGAACUGGCUGGGGUCAUCAAGAGGUUAUGGCAGGAUGGAGGGGUCCAGAUCUGCUUUGGCAGGUCCAGAGAGUACCAGCUCAACGACUCAGCCUCAUAUUACCUGAAUGACUUGGACAGGAUAUCCCAGCAGAACUAUGUGCCCACGCAGCAGGAUGUUCUGCGGACAAGAGUCAAGACCACCGGCAUCGUGGAGACACACUUCACAUUCAAGGACCUCUACUUCAAGAUGUUUGAUGUGGGGGGUCAGAGGUCAGAGAGGAAGAAGUGGAUCCACUGCUUUGAGGGAGUCACAGCCAUCAUCUUCUGUGUGGCGCUUAGUGACUAUGACCUGGUGCUGGCUGAGGAUGAGGAGAUGAACCGUAUGCAUGAGAGCAUGAAGCUAUUUGACUCCAUCUGUAACAACAAGUGGUUCACGGGCACCUCCGUCAUCCUCUUUCUCAACAAGAAGGAUCUGUUUGAGGACAAGAUCCAGAAGAGCCCGCUCACUAUCUGCUACCCAGAGUACUCAGGUCCAAACACAUACAAAGAGGCGUCAACUUACAUUCAGUGUCAGUUUGAAGACUUGAACAAGCGGAAGGAUACAAAGGAGAUCUACACCCAUUUCACUUGUGCUACUGACACUAAGAACGUGCAGUUUGUCUUUGACGCUGUCACUGAUGUCAUUAUCAAAGCCAGCCUGAAGGAGGUUGGCUUGUACUGAGACUCCUGCAACAUCUGCCUGUCAUCAUAAGGGCGGGAGUGUGUUGGAAUCCUCUCGCGCAUUUACAAGUGGGAAUUGCUCAUUGCCAUUGACAGUCCACAUCUAUGAUUGGCUAUUGGAAAGGUUCAGUGUUUGAACUGCAGAAGUAGGCUGCAGAGUACAUAGGGGCUGUUAGACCAUAUACUGUUGCCAUAAUGUAUGAUGAAUCCUUGGAUAUUUCAAGACAAGAUUACAUAGGCCACUUAUGUGCUUUUGCUUUUCUAUACUUUUGUUGUGGAUUCAUGGCUAUGGACUUACUUUUUAAGUUGUGAGUGUUGGAUUUCUAAUUUUUGAAUGUUAUUGCCAAAUAUCUGUCAAACCUUUCAAACAUCUGCACUUAGGCUUUCAGCGUUCACUUUAAAGGGUUAAAAGGUAUUAAUUACAUUGUAAAUGUUGAAUAGGAUAUCAACUAUUAUGCAUUUUCUGAGUUUUGAUAACUCUUUAUAACUGUCUUUAUAACUAAGUCUUUCUUACAGUAUAAAUGGUCAUGGCCUUGUCCACUAGUGUUAAGUAUUUUUAAUUAUCUCUUGGUAAUGUUAAUAUGCUGAAUUCUUAUCGUUUUAAUUCAUCACUAUUCAGAUCGUUACAUAACACUUAAGUAGUUUACUGGCUGUAAACCAACUGUAAGAGAUUCAUUUUCAGAUGAUAUCACUUGAUGUUUUAAACCACUUUUAAAGAAUAAGCUUUUGUAAUGGUUGCCUUGACUUGGAUUAUGUUGCCUAUUUUCUUUGGAUUAUCUUUGUAUAUAACUAUUUGUAUAAAGAUUAUGGCCUUUCACUUAGUGGCCUUAUUAGAAACUAAGUAUUUGCCAUUGAAAUGCUCAAUGCUCAUGUUAAUCACAUUGCCAUUUGGACAUUUAACAUGAAUGUUCCUUUUGAUUAAAUUGAAUGUGGGCCAAA